CACCACAACACCCGGCCUGUUGCCCGCCAUUUUUUCAGCAAAUGUGCUGCCAUCUUCAAACAUCAUUUUGGCGUUUGGUGUACUGUUGAUUGACUGAAGGCUAAAGAUGUGCAAAAAUUUUGACAAUUUCACUGUGUUUACAUAUUGCAAAACGCAUUAUCAUAUUUAAAUGUUGAUCCGUAAGUAGUAAAACAACUAUUGACGAGAAUAAGGCGUGUGAAAUAAGCGUUACACAAAAUGAUGCAAACGACGCUUAUGCAUCCAUUGACAUGAACUGAACGCCGAGGAACGUUGCACUGAUGCUUCGCAUUGUUAGUCUUUCUGCGUAAUAUUUGAGCAUUUCGAAGUAUGGACGAAGAAAAAAAGGAACGGGAACGGUCGAAGUCUCCUGAUGGCAGUAACCCAACUAGUGAGGAACCUGUGGAAAAAGCCGACGUAAAUGGUGAAGGUGAAAAUCGAGACAUUAGCGAAACAAGUGUAGAUGAGACUGUUGCUAACCCGGUUGCGAAUUCUCCAGACGAGCUAGCGAAAGAAAGCGUCGAAAAAUCAGAUGAUUUUGUAGCCGACAAAUCCAGGUCGAAGAAGCGGAAAGCAAGUGAGGCUAAAGUAGGGGACGAAAGCGCUUCAGAAGAGAGCGUUAGCGACAUAAAAGACACACAGUUACAAGAUUCAAUAAACGUGAAGGCCGACAAAGAUGACUCUUCUGCAAAUGAAUCGUCAUCAGAUUUGAACAUACCCCCAAAACAAACGUUAGGUAAAGGAAAAAGGGCCCGAAUUCCUAAUAAACGUUACAGCGAUAUUUUAUUAUCACCGCAACCACGUUCACACAAAACUAACCUUGAAAACGGUGACAAAUAUGAGAAGUACGAAAAGAUCGAACCUGAAAAUGACAUCUUUAACACAAAAGAUGACGAAAUUGCGAGUUUACCGAACGUUACGUCUCUCAAGUCGAGGUCAAAUACCAGCAGUCCAGCUGCCAAACGACUGAAAUAUUCCACAGAUGUUACAGAUCCCAAAUAUCGCAAACCAUUUGUGUAUGGUUGGAAACGAGAAUUAGUAUAUAGGGCGACGUCUGAUAAUCCAAAUAAACGAAAUGGGGAUAUUUAUUAUUAUACGCCGACGGGGAAAAAGGUUCGUUCCAUGAGGGAAGUUUCAGAAAACUUGAAAAACAAAGAAUUAGCUUUGGAAAAUUUUACGUUUUUCAAAGAACCUUUAGGUUUAGAUGACCCUGAAAAAGAAAUUAUUCGUGAUGCAAAGGCGUGGAACAAGAAAGUGAUGCCGAAAACAGGUUCAAAAACUCCAAGAGUUUUAAGUCCGAAAGUGAAUAGUCCAAAAGUUUCAAGCACACCAAAGGCAACAAAAAUCACUAGUCCGAAAGUUGCUCCAACGCCGGCUGAGACUUCUGUGGAACCGGCUACAACGAGGACCAAAGCAUCUACUCGCAGCUUCGAAAAUCUUAAGAAUUUACAGGUUAAGUUGCCUCCCAGCAAAAGUAAAGCAGAGAAAAAGGCCAAGGUGGAAAAAGAACCCAUGGAAGUCGACUCACCGCCCACAAAACGAGCCGCCAACAAGAAGACCCCAGCGAAAGUAACCCCAAAUGUAGAAAUGGAGGGCAAACCGUGCCAACCAUGUUCGAUUCGAUGCCAAGGUGUUUUGGGUAUGGUACCUACUCUUCAAUGUCGACUUUGCCUAUGUCUCUACCAUUACGAGUGUGUUGGAUUAUCACCGCAUGUGCAGAUACAGGAAUACGUCUGCAAGAACUGUCGACUGGAACAUGGUCAGAACGUCGCAACAUCCGCGUCAAUCGUUCUGCCGCCCCUCACCCCCAUUAACACCUUGAAAUCAAUGACGACACAGUCGACAGUCUUGCCAACAUUGCAACGCAUACCGCCUGACUCACCUCAACCAGAAGCGACAACUCCUGGCGGUGUGCCGAACAUGCCCCGUCUGCUUCCUUUACCCAAAGUUGCUAAAGACGCGCCCCCACCACUAAAACCGACCAAAAACAACCCCCAGAACAUAACCGAAACGAAAAGUUUGGUCGGUUCGGUGACCUCGUGGUUGCCGCAUAGUUCAACCAUCCAAGUUGACAAUAUGCAGAGGAAUAAAGAGAACGAGCCCGCGGAGGCUCCAAGACCACAGUACGUUGAAUAUUUAGCUGGUAGGAAAUUUUUAAUUAUUCCGAAACACAAUGUCGUUUCGGUGUCGCCGACGAGUGUACCUAGUAAGCAAAAACAGCUGAACUUUAUUGAGAAUGACUGUGUUAGUAACGAUGAAGUAAAAGACGAACUAUCGUCGCCUAAACGUGUUCAAAGUGGUACUACUGAAAGGACAGACAGUGUGGUGGGGGCUACUGAUGAGGUAGUUACUGAUAGAAGUGAAGAAAAUCGUGCUGAUGAAGAUAGACCAGAAACGGUUGAGUCUCCAAGGGCGAAAAGACGUGCUGUUAGAUCGAAUAAUGUUGUGUCAAAUGACAAACAUGAAGAACCGAAAUUUAUGGACAGUUAUCUUCAGAAUUUGUCGUAUGGUUACAAUACGCUUUUGUACGUUUUUCAGUACCUUAAAGUGCAAGAUUUGUUAAGAGCAGGGUGUGUGUGUACUAUGUGGCGGGAUAUAGCAAGUCAUCCGUCGUUGUGGCGAACGGUGCGCAUGAAGAAUUCGCAAGUUCAUAGUUUUGAAGGUUUGGCGAAUAGUCUUCAAAAACAUGGUACUGUACAUCUUGAUCUAAGGAAGAUGCUGUUGCCGACAAAUGGAGGGGAUGAUAUUUGGCCUGAGUUUUCCAAAGCUAUCCAAAAAGUGCAAACUCUACGCAAAAUUGAAUUGUGCAGGUGUCCGGCAUCUGUUGUGGAGCAACUGGCCGUAACCAACAAAGAUUUGGAGGUGAUAAAUGCCGUCACAAUCAAAUGUGAAAGCAUGAGUCUCGAUAUGUUAUCAUCACUAAAAAAUCUAAAAGAAUUACGAUUGAAGUCAACCAGUGGAUUGACGUUAUCUUCUGAUAUUACUUCGUUAAAAGAGCUAACAAACUUAACUCAUUUAUCGCUCACCUCUAUUAAAGACCUUAACAAGAUGAACCUCCAGGUGAUUGCAGCAUUAAAGAGUCUCGAAUCGUUGGAUCUUGGUGAAUGUAGUGACUUUCCGGCUAAUUUCGGAGAAGAUAUUUUAACAAAAUUAAAAAAUCUUGAGAAGCUAAGGCUAGAGAAAGGACAGGGUAAUUGCCAUACGUUCGAAAUAUUGGAUGCAGUGAAACAAAUGCCUCAUUUAGAACAGUUGGAAUUGGUUAAUUUUGACAUCAAAAGUGGGUUUGAUGUGGCUUUAGGAGGAUGCAGGAAUAUAAGAAAGUUGUUGAUUAUUCCUACGUAUAUUUCUCAAAGUGCUACAACAAACCAUAUGGUGCUGGGUGGUGUUCUAAGACUGCAAAGUACGCUGUCACAUUUCGUGUGGGGAGUUACUUUAGAAUUGUUGCGUGUUACCGAAUUGUUUGUUGAUCAGUGUGAAGACCCAGAUAAGAAAGAGAAAAAAGAUAAGAAACCUGUAGGGAAUGGUGACAGCAUUCCUGUUUUGAAACCUGUACCUUUGAUUACGGACAAAAACGAUACAAUACCUCCAGCCCAUGAUCCACCGCAAGUGGAAAUUCUCCCACUACCUAAUCUUCAGAAAUUGUUGUUGCAGAGUUUACCAACGACAAGAGUUAAGAUUCUCAAAAUUCCUUUUCAUGCCACCUGGCGGCAGAGUAUUACUGAUACGGUUAAUUAAUUUUAUAGGAUUAAUACAUAUUUUAUCUAGAGUUUAUUGUACUGAUAGUGUAGAUAUAGAACUAUUUUUGUUUUUACAUGUUUUUUUCGAAUUUUGUUUAUCUUCGAUGUACAAUAUACUACUACUUAAAAACUGUAAAUUGUUUAUAGCUGUAGGUUUCUACACGUAAGCUUUAGAUUCAAACAAACAUUAAGGUAAUACACAUUUAUAUGUCCCACAUUUUUCAUGUGGUUUUACUUUCCCGAAAAUUUAACGUAUUUAUAUUUUGAACCCUCAUUUUUUUUGACUUUAUAUUAAACCUUGUACAUUAU